AUGAAAAAUCCCCCAGCAGCUCUUUCACUUUAUCCUCUUGCAAACCCAAAAGGCGAAGAGCAUGGCUGUGAAGUAUGCUCUAAACCAGCAUGCUUACAAUGUGGGGUAUGCCGGAUCACGUAUUAUUGUGGAAUAGAGCAUCAGAAAAUUGAUUGGGUGGGAAUUCAUAAAAAGAUAUGUCUGGAUUUAAUAACGUUUCGAGAAUCUAAGGGAUUUGUAUCAAAGGACAAGCGUGAGAAGGAAAGCGAAGAACUUCAAAACAAAAAUCUUGAUCUGGUCCGGCUCACUCAGCUGGAGAGUCAAAAACUUUUGUUUAAAGGAAAAUCAGAGAAAGCCCUACCUGCUGCUUUACAGUGUUUGAGGUUUGCAGUGCGUGCAUAUGGAAUAGCUUGUGUUGAAUUAGUAUCACCCUAUCUAGUUCUUGCAGAAUCAUGUAUUGGUCUUGGGAAACUCAAUCAAGCUGAGACUUACCUUGCACAAGCUCAGUGGAUAGUACUUAAAGCACAACAUGGAUGCACAGAUAGUAUACAAUCACAGUUACAUCGUAAACUUGGUUUGUUAUAUGCUGCUAAAGGUAAUUAUGAACUAGCAUUGGCGAGUUUGGCGAAAGAUAUAUUUUAUGCAUCCCUCGAAUAUGGCACCGAUCAUAUUUGCACAGCUGGUGGUUAUUUUCAUAUGGCUGAAGUGUUUUAUGCGAUGUACAAAGCCAAUGGCAACAUAGGUUCCCUUGAUCAAAACUUUCCAGAAAAGUCAACUGAAUUUGUAUAUCCUUCGGUUACGCUGGAGAUUGCAGAAAUAAAUAAACAAAAUAAGUCUCACGGUCCAUUGAUUUAUCAAAGAAAAACGAAAUCAAACAACAGUCUUUCAACAAACUCAGAGUUUUGCAUUCAACCGCCUUCAUCAAAAGCUCAAGUAGUUGAAAAUUUGUAUACACGCGUAGUUAAUAUAUGGGCCAGACACUUAAGGGAAUUAGUAGAAAGCUUGUUAUUCAAACCUGUGUUCUCUGAAGACGUUGGUGCUAUUAUGGUGGAGACUACUCAAAAAGCUAAACAAACCCUAGAUGAUGCACAAAAAGCUGAAGCUGAAAAAAUGCUGUAUGCAAUUGAAAAAUAUCAUAAUCAGCGUAUCAAUGAAAAUGAGCUUAAUGCAAGUACUUGUAAUCCAGCCAAGCCAGAUCCAAAAGUUCAAUUGUAUUUGACUUUGUCAAUGCUAAACUAUAUUUUAGAAAGAAAGCAAGAAUCUAUACAAUAUUUAAUCAAAGCCAAAGUUGCAGCUGAAUUUAUGAUACAACAUCCAAAAAUCACUGUGAACAUCAAAUUGAUGGAACGUGCCUUCAGUGAUAAAAUAAUUCAACAAGUUGCAUAA